ACCGGAAGCGACUGGAGAGAAUUAUAUGUUCAUAUUUUUUUCACCGCAUGCUUGUGUAGUUAAAUCACAACUUCAUAUCUGGAAUAUAAGUACAUCUGACUUAUCUGUUCACAUCAGUCAGGGAGUAUGUUUGCAACAGACGACGACGACGGAGAUUUUCUGUCUCCCACAGGAGGGGCAAAGUUAGCUUCACUCUUUGGACUAGACCAGGCUACGUCCCAGGGCAACCAGUCUUUCCAGUAUACAGCCCCCAAACAGCCUCGCACGAGCACCACAAACUCAGGACCCCCAACACAAAAGUCAACCCCACCUGCCAAAUCUCCAGCCGUUCUAUUUGCUACUGCAGUACAUGCCUUCAGAUAUGUUAAUGGACAGUAUGUGAAACAAGGCAAGCUCGGAGCUGCGGUGCUUGGAAACCAUACAACUAAAGAGUAUAAGAUCCUGCUUUAUGUCAGUCAGCAGAAGCAGGUUACGGCAGCAAAAAUCCACAACGGCUUCAUUCUUACUGUCCAACCCAGUAACUACUGCACAUUUUACGAUGACCAGAGACAGAAUUGGUCACUGAUGUUUGAAUCGGAGAAAGCAGCUACGGACUUUUGUAAAGAGGUUUGUCUCACAAAAGCAAACUGCAACAGUUCGUUAGACUCUGUCCUGAUCCAGGAUCUUCUGCUUGGUGAGGGGCAGGGUGUGGAGAAUGGAGAUUGUCUAGAAGUGGCCUACUCUGGCUGGCUCCUGCAAAACCACACCAUUGGAACGAUGUUUGACUCUAAUCUAAAUAAAGACAAACUGCUGAGACUAAAGCUUGGGGCUGGGAAAGUCAUUAAGGGCUGGGAUGAGGGGAUGUUGAGCAUGCGGAAAGGUGGUAGACGGUUUAUGGUGAUUCCACCCAGUCUUGCUUACGGAUCACAGGGCGUUCCCAACCGGGUUCCUCCAGACAGCACACUGGUAUUUGAAGCAGAGAUCCGCCGGAUUAAAUUUGCUAAGGAUGGAAAUUCAAGAGAGUCUGCGGCUCCUUCUCCAGCUCCCAGUGUGGAGAGUCUGGGCCCCUCUGAGUUGAACCAGCCCCUCAGUACUACCCCACCAUCUUUCAAACCCAGUGAACCACCUCUUCGUGCAAAGUCAAACUCGUUGAAUGAGCAACUGAGUAAUCCUGAUGCCACUAAAGCUAAACUGAUCUCACGCAUGGCCAAAAUGGGCCAGCCAAUGCUGCCCUUCUUUUCCGGCCCAGCAUCAUCACCCUCCCAGCCAGAUUCUAGUGACUCAGAACUUGAGGAUCCAAGUGUGUCCAGACUGAAGGAACAUAUCAGUGCACCAUCACCGCAGCCUGUACACAUCACAUCUGCACCUCCGCCUUCAGUGCAGGCUACGGCUCUUUUACCUGUUGCCAUGGCAACAGCAAAUACACAACCUAUGAUGCCAGGAGCUGUUCAUGCCUUUCAGCCUGUCAGUCAGAUGUUCCCCACACAGACUGUGCCUUACCAAGGAACUAGUGAUGUCACAUGCUUCUUGAUGACAGAGGCUCGACAACACAGCACUGAAAUCCGAUUAGGUGUUGGUAAAGUGGCAGACAAACUAGACCAGUUGUCCUCUAAGAUUGAUAACCUUCAAAAGCAAGGCAACGUUUCAUUAGGCUUAACGAACGUAUCAAUGGAAACAGCCAUGAUCAUGCACAACAUUCAGCGAAUUAUACAGGAGAACGAGUGUCUGAAGAAAGAGGUGUUUGAGAAAAGUUCACGUAUUGAGGAACAAAACCGCAAGAUUGGUGAGCUCAUAAAUCAAAACCAGAGGUAUGUGGAGCAGAGUAAUCUACAGAUGGAGCAGAGAAACGACUCACUGAAGAACAGCAGUGAACAGAGUCAGGCCAGAAUGCUCCAGGCAGAACAAGACAAGCAUGCACUGCCACAGGAAUUGGGCUGGGGUCAGGCACGGUUGACGGAGGAGUUGGCUUCCUCCACAGCGCGUGUGUCAGAGCUGCAGCUGGAGUUGAGCUCACAGCAGCAGAAUGCUGCAGUUCUUCAGACCAAACUCAACGCUGCACUGCAGGACAGCCAGCUACACAGCACACACAUCACUACGCUGGAAGCCCAACUAUUGGAGCUCAAAGAGACAGACGAAAGAGUGCAGAGUCAAUACAAGAUGGAGAAACAGAAACGUAAAGAACUGGAGUUCAAACUUAACAACAUGGAUGAAGAGCUUCAGGACAUGAAAACCGAGAAGGACAGCCUGGAGCGAACUCUCUCAGACAGAAAGAGGAAGUGGCAGGCGGAGAGGCAGCACUGUGAUGAGGAACUGGAAGAGGUGAGGAGGGCGGGGCAACAGGAGAUGGACAACCUCAGGAGACAAUUACGUAAAGCCAGAACCAGCACUGACCACGCCUCAGCUGAACAGUUGGCUCAGUUGCAGGCAGAUCUGGAGCAGGAGUGGCAGCUGAAGUGUGAUCAGACUCUUGCAGCAGCACGUGAACAGCAGAGGAGAGAACUGACUGAACUCACAGAAACCAGAGACACAAUGCAGCUCAAACUCACACAGCUGCAGGAGAAGUUUAAUGCGCUCAAACAGUCACGUGAAUCAGAUGAACAGCUUUUAAUACAGCAGCAGGACCAGCGAGAGGAACUUCAAGCCUUGAGAGAAAAGUGCUCUGUAUUGGAGCAGAAAGUAGUGUUGCUGAAGCAGCAGGGUGAGGCGCGGGUUUCAGAGCUGGAGAGGAACCUGGCAGAACAGCAGCAGCAGACAGACACAGCAGGAGAGGUGAAGCGAGUGAUGAAUGGAGUGUUCCAGUCUCUGAGGGGCGAAUUUGAUCUGAAUGAGACCUACAUAGGAAGUGCUGUCCUCAGAGUGCUGGUCAACACCAUCAAGAGUGUCACACUACAGCUCCUCACUAAACCUGUGAGAUCUGCAUCUGAAAACAGUGAAAAAGAAGAGGAGGAAGAAAAAAAUGAGGAGAGCGACAGUGAUGCACAGCCAAGACAUGAGGUACAUAUAAACAUGAGGAGAGAGGAGGAGAGGAAUUCAAGUUAUGCCAGCCAGGAUGAAGAAGGACAGUCACAAGUGGAGAAGAAAAACAUUUCGCCAGCAGUGGAGAAGAAAGAAGUAAAGGAUGAACUCGAAAAAGAAGACAGGUGUGAACAGGACGUUGUGGAAGAAAAGAGGGAAGUGAAAGUUGAAGAGGAAAAGAGGGAAGAUGUUGUAGUAGAAAAGAGAGAAAAUGAAGUUGUUGAAGGUAAUGCCAGCUCUGAACAGAAUUUGCAGGCUCUUGAGUUGGACAGUGAAAGUUGGACAGAGACCGCAGUUGAAGGACAGACUGGAAAUAAAUUAUCUGAUGACAUAGGUCCUAAACAGGAAGUUAAGGUAAUUAAUGAGAGCAUUACAGGUCCUUUAGAUGAAACAGAAACUGCACAAGUGACACUAAGAGGACCUCCUAUGAACCCACCACCACCACCCCCCAACCCUCUACAAGAUGACUCGACCAAAACAUCUGCACCGCUCUCCAGUCAAUCUGAGAGUGUAGAAGAGGAAAAUGGGGAGGAACCAUUUUUCCAGAGCCCUACCCAGCCCCCAUCCACAGCCCCCCAGCAUCCCCAGCCCCCAUCCGCACCCACUGAUGAAGAGGAGGAGGAGCUGAGUUUAAAAGGACGGCCUCCUCCUGCCCCUCUGUUUGGUGAUGACAGUGAUGAUGAUAAUGACCUGGACUGGCUGGGCUGAUAUGAACCUCCAACCGAGUGUCAAGGAGGCCAGAUAAACUCCGACAUGGGGAACUU